GCUUUCUAACUUUCCCAGCAACUUCGUCAUUCGAGUUUCGAUCCUUCAGCCAUCGCACGCAAAAGCAGCUAGCCUUCUGAUUGCAAUUUUUGCCGACCUCGAAUCUCCUAUAUCUGCGCCGAACAAUUCAUCCAUCUACUUAGCAAAUUUCUCCGAGUCUCCUGUCCGUCCCGCCCGCUCGAAGCGAUGGAGGACGACCGUCUCUGGAAGUUCGGCAAGCCUGCUUGGCUCAACAGCGCCUGGGCGCGCAGUGCCGGUGUCUACUCCGCGGGUGCUUUGUUCUCGCUCGCAUUCUACAUCCUCAUGGACGCGGCCGUCUGGUCCGCGUCGCCGCUAAACGGGUCCGACGUGCACGUCACCUUCGUCGACUGGCUGCCGCUCAUCUUCAGCUCGCUGGGCAUGCUCAUCAUCAACUCGGUCGAGAAGGCGCGGCUGUCGGCCGACUCUUUUAGCUACAGCGGGUCCGGCGUCGCGUGGAAGGCCCGCGUCGUCCUGUUCCUCGGUUUCGCGGCGCUGGCUGGCGGAAUGGCCGGCGGCGUCACUGUGUUCGUGCUCAAGUUCGUCGUCCCCGAGGUCGACUGGCCGAUGAUGGGCAUGGGUGUCGAGAACGUCGUUGCGAAUGGCCUGGUUAUGCUGAGCUCGGUCGUCUUGUGGGUCAGCCAGAACAUGGAGGACGAGUACAGCUACAACUUGUCUUUGUAAGCGAGGAGACAUUACAUAGGGUUAGUCGCGAGUGAAGGAAAGAUCCUACUGGGCAGCGAGUUGCAAUACGGUCGAGAUUACGCGCGCCAAGGCCCAAAGGCUCCGGACUUUACGGGAACAGCCAUAAUAUUAGGGAUUUUUGUUAGACUAAGGGAGAAGAUUGAUACAUUUGUACAGUACGGCAGAUACAUCAUUAUGGUGUCUAUGGAGUGUAAAGCUAGGCUGGGCUGGGCUGGGCUAGGCGUAGCAGAUUCGAAUGCUUGCUUUAUCGUCCUUGAUUGAUUGAUUGAUUGAUUGCGAAGUUUUUGAUAACUGAAAACAACGUUCCCGCAUGUCUUCGUAAUUCAACAGUGGAAUUUCACGGGUGCUUGAAACACAAUGUUGCCGAUCUGUGAUGUCGCUCGCUCAUGAGAGAACCGACGUCCUUUUGUACAUGAACUGUAUCUAGCAGUGAAGGAUCUAUAACC